CAUAAAUUCCGAAAGCCGGGGCCAGAUGACGCUCGAUCACCCUGUCCCGCGUUGAACGCGAUGGCCAACCACGGAUAUCUUCCACGCAACGGCCGAAACCUCACAGGCACAAUCCUCACCAACGCUCUAAUCGACUGCUACAACCUCUCCUACCCACUCGCCGCCUUCCUCUCCUGGGGCGGCGUCCUCCUCCUCGGUCAAGUCGGUACACUCUCCCUCUCCGACCUCGCUCGUCACAAUCGUAUCGAACAUGAUGCCUCACUCACUCACGCUAACACACCUUUCUCGGACGACUACGCACCUAAACGCAACUGCCCGGUGUUAUACGAGAAGUUUUUGAGAGACGCGAGAAAGGGCGGGUUUGGUGCGGACGAUAUCGCUCGUGCGCGUGUAAGGCGUGAGGACGUUGAGGGACCUAGAGAGGGUACGGAAGUGACUAGCGUGCAGCAAGAAAUUGCACGCGGGGAAGUCGCACUUGUACUGCAGAUCUUCGGAGGGAAGGAGUUUAGAGUACCGGUCGAAGUUGUUAAGUCAUGGUGGGGAGAAAACAAGUUACCGGAGGGUUGGAAACCUACGCGCCUUACGACAUUACAAGGAACGAUUAGCUGGUCGACUACGAUUAGGCAUGCGAUGGAUAGCUUGAGGAAGACGAGGACGUACGCAGAUGCAGAG